CCCGUCAGGAAAUACCAACCGUGGAAAAGAACGUCACUUCCGUCAACUACGUUAUUUCUUAAUCACCCGCUUGUAUUUCCCGGUUUGUGGGUUUCUAGUCUGCCCGAUUCAUUCAUCUGCAUUAAAAUUUCCACAGACAAACCAUAGAAGAAAUAUAACCAGGAAACGUUACUCUUCAUGAGACCACUGUUUUCCUGUAAGAAUUUUAUGAAUCUACCAGCAGUAAACAGAAUGGAAAAGGUGAUCAGCUGUUUCAACAAGAGCCCAGAAGCUGUGGCCCGACUGAUCUGCUUCCCCUGGGCAGGUGGAGGCUCCAUACACUAUGCUCGCUGGGGGAACGUCCUAAACUGCUCCAUAGAAGUGUUUGCCAUCAAGCUCCCGGGCAGAGAGACGCGAGUCAAAGAGCCUUUCUUUGAGAACAUGCAGCAGAUAGUGGACGAGGUGGUUGGUGUGUUGUUACCGGUGCUCAAAGAGAAGCCGUUUGCUCUGUUUGGACACAGUUUCGGGGCUUUCGCCUGUUUUGCCGUGGCAGAUGCUUUGAAGAGACUUCACAACCUGGAACCAGUUCACAUCUUCCUGUCUGGUGCCUCUGCACCUUAUUCAGAGACGCGUAUCAAGACCCCAAAGAGAAGCGAGCUGACCGAUGACGAUUUCCUCAAGUGGUUGGUUUCGAUCGGAGGAACUCCUCCUGAGCUGCUGGCGAACCCCGAAGUCCUGAAGCUUUUCCUUCCCGCCCUGAAGGCCGACCUGCACGUCGUGGAGAACUACAGGUGCCACAAGCCGGACAUUCCGCUCUUCUCCUGCCCCGUCACCUGCUUCGAUGGGAAGGCGGACAUUCCUCACGACUUACAAGCUUGGAAGAGCAUCACGUCGGGCGAUUUCACCGUCAGGAUGCUGGAUGGAGCUCACUUUUACCUCAAGGAGUCUGAAAAUGAAAAAAGCAUAUUAGACUACAUCACCAAGCAAGUGGAGACAUCAGAAAUGGACUAUUUAUGAUGGAGAUUAUGUGUAAUGACUUCACCGUUCUUCUUCUAUAAUUCAUUGUGAUGGAACUCAAAUGAAGGUACAUUCCAGAAGUGUAACGCUGUCGCAAAGAACCAACCAAGAAUCAUUUCCAUAAAUUAUUCACCUGAAUCGAUUGAAUAGGUUAGCGUGUGAAAAAGGAAUUGGUUUGAAUAUGGUGAAAAAUAGCCAUGACGAGCUCUUUAAUUACUUCACUUUAAUAUGUCGAGAACACCUCUCAUGUUAUUUAACAGCAGUUUGAUAUUAGUGAUCCACAAGCCCUCUUUCAUCUGCAUGGAUUAUAUACAAUAUUGAAAAAAAAGCACCCAUGUUUGACUUGACAACCGAUUUACUCCACAAAGAAUGAUUUUUUCACUUUUAUUUCUGAAUAUAUAUUUAAAUUCACAUAGUUAAUUUUUUGGAGGGUGAUUAAAUAUAUGCCGCUGUUUGAGAUGGCAGACGUGUCCACACAGUACCAACCUUCAUUUCUGAAUAAAUAUAUGUCUUUAUCA